AUGGACGGUUCCGACGACCUAUACGACCCUAACGGGCCCGACGACAAGGACGUACCCGACGAUGAGGAUGGGCCAAACAACUCGGACAUGCCAGAUAACACGGACAGGCUCGACGAUCCAGAUGGGCACGAUGACCCAGUCAAACCUGACGACCUGGACGAGCCUGACGACAAAGACGACCCGGACGGAUUCGACAAGCCAAACGGGCCCGAUUACGCGGAUGGGCCCUAUGACUCGGACAUCCUGACCAACAAAAAUCAGUCGAACCAGACUGGUGGGAUGACCCUUCGGGUCAUCGGGCCCGUUCGUGUUGUCGGGCUCGCACAUGACUCGGUCGAGCCCGACGAGCUUGACGGGAGCAACGACACGGAAGGGCUUAACGACCCGAAAGAGCCCUACGACACGGACGGGUCUAACGACCUGAACGACCCGAACGACCCAAACGAACCCGACGACACAGACGUACCUGACGAUGAGGACGUGCCAGACAACUCGGACAUGCCAGAUAACACGGACGGGCUCGACGAUCCAGAUGGGUACGAUGACCCAGUCAAGCCCGACGACCUGUACGAGCUUGACGACCAAGACGACCCGGACGAACCCGAUGGCCCAGACGAACUCGAUGACCCAGACAGAUCCGACGCGUCAGACGGGCCCUACGACUCGGACAUCCUGACCGACACAAAUCGGCCGAACCGGACUGGUGAAAUGACCCUUCGUAUCAUCGGGCAUGUCCGCUUUGUCGGGCCUGUUUGGAACUUCUAG